UAAAAAAAGAGUAGAGAGAGAGCAGUCAAAACAGAACGAGCACGACUGCAAGCUCCAGUUGUCAACUGUCGAUGUAAUAUUGGAAAUUUGUCUAUGUACGUGUUAAACGUGUCGUGCAAUUUGAUAUUCAGGCCCUCUACUAAAGGUACCUGAUUUGCAGAUUGAGAAACAAAAUCUGCGCAGAGGAUUACAGUGAGGAGUCUUCGGGCCUACAACAAACAGAGGCUCUCUUUUGAGGUGGAAGGAUGGCAGAUGCAGAUGGCAAAUCUAGUAUACCAAAUGGUGGUGCAGAGGACCCAGGGGAUAAAGGGGCAGAGGGGGACUCUUCAGCCACAGGUGUCCAGGCCUGCUCCCCUAAUACAGCAGCUGUAGCAAACUCCAGCUCUGCUACGGGUUCUGGGGAAGGAGGCGAGGACAGACCCAUGGCAGAGGCAGAGAACAAAGAGGAGGAGGACGAGACCGACACAGACAGCAUGGACGAACAACUCAUGUACUCCGUGACCGAGGAAGAAGGGGCAGGGAGCGAGGAUCGAAGCCGGAGAGAGCGGGCCAGGGAAGAGGGCAGCGGCGGCACCAAGCGGGCUGGCCGCAAGAGAAACCGGCCAGGCAGUGGAGGAGGAGGAGGAGGAGGAGGAGGAGGAGGCGGCGGUAGCGGCGGCGGCGGCGGCGGCACGCGAAGACACUCCUCCAGCUCGGACGAGGACGAAGAUGACAACGAGGAGGACAAUGAGGCCGCGGAGGAGGAGCAGGACGAGCAGGCCAUGGAGGAGUGGCUGGGCGCGGAGGUGCAGGACCUGGGGCCGCCCGGGUGGCGCGCCGUGCCCUCGCUGCGGGCGCGUGAGAUCGGCUGGGGUUCGGGCCAGUUUGUGCGGCGCGUGUGUGGCGCCCGCGGCCUCGUGCAGCGGCUGGAGCUGCAGGGGCAGCUGGAGAGGCACAACGGCUGCGUCAACACGCUGCACUUCAACCCGUCCGGCACACGGCUGGCCUCCGGCAGCGACGACCUGCGCGUGGUCAUCUGGGACUGGGCAAAGCUCCGUGCCGAGCUGGAGUUUGACAGCGGCCACAAGAGCAACGUAUUCCAGGCUAAGUUCCUGCCACACAGCGGCGACACCACCCUGGCCAUGUGCGCCAGGGAUGGGCAGGUGCGCGUCGCAGAGCUGUCUGCCACCUCACGCUGCAAGAACACCAAACGUGUUGCCCAACAUAAGGGCGCAGCACACAAGCUGGCAUUAGACCCAGACUCUCGCUGCUCCUUCCUCUCGGCCGGAGAGGACGCAGUCGUGUUUGGUAUCGACCUUUAUCUCGACAGGCCUGCAAACAAACUGGUGGUGGUGAAAGAAGGCGAUAAGAAAGUGGGCUUGUACACCAUCUUUGUAAACCCUGCCAACACACACCAGUUUGCUGUGGGAGGACGAGAUCAGUAUGUCAGGAUUUAUGACCGGAGAAAGAUCAAUGAAAACAACAAUAACGGCGUUCUAAAGAAGUUCUGUCCCUCACACCUGGUGAACAGCGAGUCCAAAACAAACAUCACCUGUAUGGUAUACAGUCACGAUGGAACAGAGCUUCUAGCCAGCUACAAUGAUGAAGACAUUUACCUGUUUGACGCCAACCAUAGUGAUGGUGCUGACUACAAAAGGAGAUACAAAGGUCACCGUAACAACGCUACAGUGAAGGGUGUGAACUUCUACGGCCCCAGCAGUGAGUUUGUGGUUAGCGGCAGUGACUGUGGACACAUCUAUCUAUGGGACAAGAACUCCGCCCGCAUCGUGCAGUUCAUGGAGGGAGAUAUUGGUGGUGUGGUGAACUGCUUAGAGCCCCACCCCCACUUACCUGGCCUGGCGACCAGCGGCCUGGACCACGAUGUGAAGCUGUGGGCUCCCACUGCCGAGGUGCCCACCACUCUGAAGGGCCUCAAAGACGUGAUGAAGAAGAAUAAGCGUGAGCGUGACGACGACAGUGUGCGCCAUGGAGACCAGUAUGACACGCAGUUGCUGUGGUUCCUGAUGAGGCACAUGAGAAACCGCAGGCCUCCAAGGGCCCGUCGUGGGGAGGGAGGUGAAGGGGACACGGACGAGUCCUGGAGUUCAGCGGACUCGUCUGAUGAAGAGGAUAGCGGUCCAGAUCAUGUGCAGUGCAUGUCAUCCUGAGCUGAGCUGUGCUCACUAAGACACAGACACGCACACACAUUCAGUCACACAUACAAACACACAUGCAUACUUGUUGUUUUUUUUUGUUUUUGUUUUGUUUUCUCUUCACUAAUCACUCGGAUAUUGAUUUAAUCCAUGUAGCCACACACCUCAGAGGCCCACAUUGAAGCACAUAGACACUGGAAUCCCGCUGGUACAAGUGGAAACACUGAGACCCCAGCAGCGGGUGAACAAACACGCUAUGGGACGUCACACAUGCACAUUCAGAUACACAGGGGGAGAGAGCGCGAGCGAGCGUCGGCUGAAGUCAAUGCCAAGAGAAAACUCUCCUGACUUCACACACAUUAAGCACAUUCGUUCAGAAACACUGUGCAACAACACGCCCACAUAACAAUUAACAUAUUCAUUCAUGCAUACAUACCAAUUUAUAUAUACGCAAAUCGUACAUUUGCUAGCAAUUCCCUUCUUUGCACAAAUGCAUAAGCUGUUUUUUCCAGAGCCGCUCUAAGUUUACUGUCUUUUUUUUAAGAGUAUUUUAAGAAGCCUCUUUAGAAGAAAAAAAAGAAACACCACAGAUUUUGCUAGCAGGCUUGCUGUUACCACGGCAAUGUGAAUGGUCUUUCUGGAAGCAGCUUUACUUCAUUCAAAUCAUCAUCAUCCCACAAUCUACACUCCCGUUCAUUCUCAGUCCCUCACAUAGUGUAUAGGGCACAAGAGCAGACCUGCCAGAGAAUUAGCCUCAAUGUUUUUGGAUACUUUUUGGAAAUUUAUUUUAAUUUUUUGUGACGUUGGCUCAAUCAGCUAGCCGUAGCUCAGUAGGCACCAGCUCACCUCCGAGUUAUAGUCGCAGAGGUGAUCAUCAAGUUAGAGCUGAAGACUGAUUAGUCUUAUUGGCAAUCAUUACAAACUGUUGUCUGCUCUCUUACUCUGACACACACACACGCACACACACGCACGCACUGACACACAUGCACGUACUGACACACAUGCUCAACAACUGCUGGUCAGCUUGCCACUUGGUAUGAUACGAGGUGGACUCAUACCAGUCAAAGCUGACUGCAAGGUGUGUGUGCAGUGUUUUUUUUCCCAAACCAGCAUUACUCUAGGCUCCUGCCACCUCUUGACCGGUCUGACACCCCUGGGCCACAAGUGCCCAGGUGUCCUGUCUGGAUUGUGAAUUUUGCUCUCCCUGUCUUUGUUUUUUUUCUCUUUGUUGGUUGUUGAUGUUAUGGCCACUGUUCAGGUGGACUUGGACAGGGAGGGUCUUGGGCAGGAUCGCCCAAAUGACUCUGCACCCCCACUCCCACUCCCGACAUGAUGUUUUUCCCCCUCCUCGUUGACCACAGUUUCCACCAGUGUCAUCCGAACUAACCUGUGUGUAAUGAGCCCUGUGUCCAUCCUCCCAUGUUGGAGAUGCCAACCACAGAGUCCACGCAGUGCACACUAAGAAACUGUGUUCAUGGUCCCCCACUGCUCUCCUUUCUUAUUCCUCCUUUACUCCCUCGCUCCCUCUCAGUCUCGCUGUGCGCUCUUCCCUGGCCCUGGCCCUCUCCCUUCGCUACUGAGUGCACUUUAAUCAGGGAUCUGCUUAGUUUGAGACGUGUGUUUGCAUAGGCGGCAUGCAAUAUUUUAUGUAUUCAACUUACUGAAAGUAUGCUUUUUUGUUUGUUUGUCUGUUUUUUUUUGUUCAGUCUCUUGUGUCUUGCAUUCUCUAUACUUCUGUUCAAGAAGAAACGUCCGACACUUUGUUUAGUACAGACUUGUGAAUCUGAAAUGAAGAUUUGCCACCAGCUAUUUAGUUUGGAAUUUGCACUUGUCAGGAGACUGUGCAUCACAACCUCCUGAAGUAAUUGACCCCAACCUCCCUCCCUCGAGGUGAAGGGAGGUUGAAUUGAAUUUGAACCCCUUUUCUCCUGAUAUGGGCAGCCACUUGGAUCUCGGAACUUUCCCCACAACCCGCUGCUCCCUGUUCCUCGCCCAAGGCACCAAGGGACUAUUGUAGUAGCCCAAGGCCAGGGAGCUGUCUUUCUGUCUCUUUGACCCUGAUCCUUCAAGACUCGCCCGCCACCCCCACUCCGGUCCCCCCUCCACACACACACAGAACUGAGAAGCUGAAGAGUGAACAUUCAGGUCUGUUGAUUAAUGUUUCAGUUGAAACUCUAUUCCGGUUUGGAAUUGAUUGUGUGUGGGUGUUUUUUUUCUCCCUCAUUUAAAGAAAACGUUUUCCCCCCAAGAUUGUAAAUUUUGGCUAUGAAUGAGACUCUAAAAGAGGUUUCUUUUGAUAAAUGUUGGUCUAUGGAGACCCUCGUUUAGGAUUGUAAAGGGAUGGACAGAAGAGUUCCUACUUGGGUGGGGUUGUGGAGAGCACAGGAAGACGAGGGUGACCUAUGCCUGUUAUUGUUUUUCAUAUUAGGGGAAAAUUAGCUCCACUCCUCUUUUGUACGAGUGAAAUAAGUUAAAUUCUGUAUAUAACUAUAUAUGAAUAUAUAUAUAUAUAUACUAAAAUUAAUUGUAAAGAAAAUUCAUCUUUACCAAAUAAUCUUUGAAAAGAUGUCAAUGUUCAAUUGGUAUUACUGCAGAGGUUUAUAUUGAUAAGACAACAAAGUACUUUUGAAAUGAAUGGAACACACGGCAAAAUUAUUUCAUUACUUUCGUUUCAAGAACCUGAAAUGUCAGACACUGCUUCAAGUUCUGAUGUCGGUUAAGUUUUUGUUUCCUGUUAUUUUACUGCUUAUCUGUUUGAAAAUGUGUAGGUCCAUGAUGAAUGAUCUUUUUCCCACUGCUGCCUACUGUGUUCUACCAGUUCAGUUACAAACAUGUAAGAUUUGUGCAGUAAAAAUGAUUAAAGACCUCCGUUUUGUUUCUCA